AUGACAACUCGCGCCAUGGAGUCCCAUGCGAACGGCGAGCCCCCAGCCAAGAAGAGGCGAUUCUUCGCAGAUCCAGACGAAGUGAUCGCCUCCUCAGACGCGUCCGCCCCAAAUGCUGGAUCAUCUUCGAAGCCACGCUUCUUCAAAGAUGCCGUUGCCGGUGCCGAUGACGAUGCAUGCCCUCGCGAUAUAAAUCACAUAGAACAUGGGAGAUCAUUGACAGAUCACGAACAAGCGUCUACCGACAAUGUCUCCUCGGAAGCCGAAGCUGGCCCAUCGAAUGACGGCGGUGCAUCUAUGGCCUUUGACCAGGAGACAUUCGAAAGCUUUGUCGGGGACAAGGUCCAACCCGAUGUCCUCGAGGUGAUCCGUGAAAACUGUGGCAACGACAUCGAAAGAGCUGUCAACAUGUACUUUGAUGGCACUUGGAAGAAGUUCAAGAAGAAGGCAAAGCCCACGGGCGUUCAGUCGACGAUAGCAAGGAAUCCCAAACCGCAGGAACCCAAGCCGCCUGACGCUCAAUCAAAUGAACCCCUUCGAUCCACCCCUGACUUCCGCUAUAUCGGUUCUUUUGGUGUGGAAGGCUGGGCAACGAGAAGCGGGGCGAACCUUCUGAAAUAUGGAGAUAACCUCAAGAUCGAGCGCCAAAAGACCACGCAGCCUCUGAAAAGGCAACGAGUCGAUGUCAUCGUCAGAUUCACAAAUGGUCAGGGAUCGGAGAUUGGACGUCUGGCAAAGGACAGCGCGAACUGGAUUUCUACCUUGAUGGAUCAAAAGUGCUGCAAGUUCGAUGCCACAUGCGUCUAUGCUCCCGAUCGGCUGAGAACAAAUGACACGGUCUUCAUCCAGCUGCGCUGCUCCUUUCUCAAGUCCGCGUUCCACAGACCAGGUUUCAAACUACCCGACAACCGCUCAACUGGGCUCUACGAAGAGAAGGAAACGACCGAGGAGCGGGACCUUCGUCUAAGGCAGGUUGCGCUGGUGAGGCUAUUCCAGGAAAUUAACUUAAAUCCGACCAAGCUCAGCGCUGCUGCUGCUCGCCACUCUCGCGAGGGCCUGCUGGAAGCUGCCGAACUGGCAGAGAAGCAAGAAAAGGAACCAGCCAAGACGAAAAAGCCCGAGAAGGGCGACAAGUCUGGUUCCUCAACCCCAUCAGAGGACGAAGAUGGCACAGAGCUGGAGCAGGACCAGCUUGAUUCCCUUUACAAAAAAGCGCAGUCCUUUGACUUUGACACUCCUGAGGCGGAACCGGCCAAGACUUUUGCCAUGACCCUUCGCCCCUACCAGAAACAGGCCCUCCACUGGAUGCUCUCGAAAGAGAAGAACGAGAAGGAAAAACGACGGGAGGUAUCUAUGCAUCCGCUGUGGGAAGAAUACGCUUGGCCGAUCAAGGAUGCCGACGACAAGGACCUGCCCCGUGUUGCCGACCAGCCCUGCUUUUACAUGAACCCAUACUCCGGAGACCUGUCCCUCGAAUUCCCAGUGCAAGAGCAGCACUGCCUCGGCGGCAUCCUUGCUGAUGAAAUGGGGUUGGGUAAGACGAUCCAGAUGUUGAGCUUGGUUCACUCGCACCGGUCGCAAACGGCGGUCGAAGCCAGGAACAGCCACGGCAAUGGUACUGGAUCCGUCAACAACCUUCCCCGCCUGCCUUCGUCGACGGCGGGGGUUGUACCGGCCCCUUGCACCACUCUGGUUGUGGCUCCCAUGUCUUUGCUGGCCCAGUGGCAGAGCGAGGCAGAGAACGCAUCCAAGGAGGGCACUUUGAAGUCAAUGGUGUACUAUGGUAGUGAGAAAGUCGCCGAUCUUCGAACUCUUUGCUGUGAAGCCAACGCCCCCACGGCCCCUGAUGUGAUCAUCACAAGUUAUGGCAUCGUUCUCUCCGAAUUCACACAAAUAGCGUCGAAGGGUGGCAGUAUGGACGGCCACCGCGGGCUGUUUUCUCUGAACUUCUUCCGGGUCAUUCUUGACGAGGGACAUAACAUCAAGAAUCGCCAGUCCAAGACCGCCAAGGCAUGCUACGACCUCUCUGCGGAACAUCGCUGGGUGUUGACUGGCACACCCAUCGUGAACAAGCUUGAGGAUCUUUUCAGUCUGGUCCGUUUCCUGCGAGUCGAGCCAUGGAACAACUUCUCGUUCUGGCGCACAUUUAUCACCGUGCCAUUUGAGGCGGGCAACUUUGUCAAAGCAUUAGAUGUGGUGCAGACCGUGCUAGAACCGCUAGUGAUGCGACGCACAAAGGAUAUGAAAACACCUGAUGGCACACCUCUCGUGGACCUGCCGCCAAAGAGCAUUGAUGUUGUCGACAUUGAACUGUCAGAAACCGAGAGACAGAUUUACGACUACGUCUACACACGUGCCAAGAGGACUUUCCAGGAAAAUGUUCAAGCAGGCACUGUCAUGAAAGCCUUCACCACUAUCUUUGCGCAGCUUCUGCGUCUGAGGCAAACAUGCUGCCACCCAACCCUUGUUAGAAACCAGGACAUUGUAGCAGAUGAAGAGGAAGCUGGAGCCGCAGCCGAUGCUGCGGCGGGUCUCGCUGACGAUAUGGACCUCUCGGCGCUGAUCGAGCGAUUCACUGCCGACACCGAUGACGAAAAGGACGCCAAUGCUUUCGGGGCGCAUGUGCUCAAGCAGAUUCGAGACGAGGCUGCCAAUGAGUGCCCUGUUUGCUGCGAGGAGCCAAUGAUUGACCAAACAGUCACCGGCUGCUGGCACUCUGCGUGCAAAAAGUGUCUACUAGACUACAUCAACCACCAGACAGACCGCCACGAGGUCCCGAAAUGUUUCAACUGCCGCGAGGUCAUCAAUUCUCGGGAUCUUUUCGAAGUUGUCCGCCAUGACGAUGACCCUGAGCCCAAACUCGGUCAGAACUCCCCUCGCAUCAGCCUUCAGCGCGUCGGGGUCAAUGCCUCUUCGGCCAAGGUGGUCGCUCUAAUCAAGCACCUUCGAGCCUUGCGCAGGGAGAGCCCCAAGAUGAAGUCGGUCGUUUUCAGCCAGUUCACAUCCUUCAUGACGCUCAUCGAGCCAGCCUUGGAGAAGGCCAACAUGCAGUUCCUCCGGCUGGACGGUUCUAUGGCGCAAAAAGCCCGAGCGGCGGUGCUGGACAAGUUCCGGGACAGCAAGAAGUUCACGGUGCUCCUGCUCAGUCUCAAGGCGGGCGGUGUGGGCCUGAACCUGACGAGCGCCAAGAGGGUCUUCAUGAUGGACCCGUGGUGGAGUUUUGCGGUAGAGGCGCAGGCUAUCGAUCGAGUGCACCGGAUGGGCCAGGAGGAUGAGGUCAAGGUGUACCGAUUUAUCGUGAAGGAUAGUGUCGAGGAGAGGAUGUUGAAGGUACAAGAGAGGAAGAAGUUCAUUGCUACGUCUCUGGGAAUGAUGAACGAUGAAGAGAAGAGGAUGCAGCGGAUCGAGGACAUCAAAGAGCUUUUGAGCUAA